GCUUGCGAUAGUGUCCAUUGAGUGCUGGUGGGUUGGGUAGGAGUGCGCAGUACUGUUCUUUUCUAAUAUGAAUGGAAAUAAAAAAUAAAAAUACAGUGAAAAGGCAAAAAAUAAAGCAUUCCAUAAUUUUACGAUUCAGUUUGUUAGACUAUGGAGGGGAAUCCAACAGGUGGUUCUGGUCUGUGCAAAAAUGAAGAAUUGUCGGGUCAAGCAAUGUCAGGAGAAAAAGACACUAGCCGUCAGAGUGACAAACACCCUGUUUGCAGACCUGACGUAGCCAGAGCGCGCUGGAGUCUGCUGAGCCAGGUGUUGAAGCACAAACAACUGGACAACAUAGAGGUGCAGCAAGUGUCUGUGAGGAGGUUUUCCUCUUUCAAUCUUUUCACCAGAACCAGAGUAAGGGACCUGGAGAUAGAGGAGCCUGGAGAUGAGAUGUGGUUUGAAUACAGAAGUGCUACUUUCCCACAAUUCCGUGCCUUCUUAAGGGAUAACCUUGGACCUAUCAAAGUCAAUGAGGUGCUCAACAGUUUCGACAACACCGGAAAUGUCUGUGUAUGGCCAUCAGAAGAAGUACUGGCCUAUUACUGCCUGAAGAACCGCCACAUGUUCAGGGAUGUCACUGUGUGUGAGUUGGGUGGAGGGAUGACCUGUCUGGCUGGACUUAUGAUCGCUAUUUCUGCUGAUGCGAAAGAAGUUUUGCUAUCAGAUGGAAAUGAAAAGGCCAUCCAGAAUGUGCGCAAAGUCAUUGAACUGAACAGAAAGGCUGGCGUUUUCAAGACAGCCACUGUGUCAAGCUGCGUGGUGCGAUGGGACGAUGAGUCUGAUGUCUCGGCACUGGAAGGCCAUUUUGAUAUUGUAAUCUGUGCUGACUGCCUCUUUCUGGACCAGUACAGAGCCAGCCUCGUUGAUGCAAUAAAGAGAUUACUCAAACCGAAUGGGAGCGCCAUUGUGUUGGCUCCGCGGCGAGGCGGCACGCUCGGCGAGUUCUGCAGCCUGGCCGAAAGAGCCGGCUUCUCCAUUUGCAGAUAUGAAAAUUACGACGAGCACAUUUGGAACCUUCAUUCAAAGAUGAAGAGUGAGACGUCACAGUCGUAUGAUGAGAAUCUCCACUACCCUGUGUUGCUGACUCUGACCUGGAGCCGACCUCAGACGCACACCUGACCAGAGGACCUCGCAGUGGUACAACAGCGAACCUCCAUCUCCUCACCUGCCACUAUGCCUCAGCCCUGCGAUCACUGUUAACCCGCGUAUGGUACUAUAUUCCUUUAUUUUUGUUAGCAAUUAUAAUUCAGAAGCUGAUUCAGUGUUUUAUAAAACAAAACUUUUUUUAUUGUAAGUCAAACCCUGUCCUUGCUCCCCUCUCCCUCCCCUACCGUUCAGUACAAAUUGUGAUGAAAAUCAGUAUUAAAGAUGUUACUGUUAUUUUUUAUAUUGUGUGCCUGGACUUUCACAAGGUUUUGUAGCGUGAAAGUGUGUCCAGUUUAAAUGUGCAAAGUGUAAAAUAAUGACACGAAGCAGGUGAAGACAAUGAUGGACAACGUAGAAUGAUGACAAUUUAUCGGCGGAAGUUCAAACAUUUUUACUUUUGUUACAUUUAAUAAGGCUAAUUUACAGUAUAACAGAGUAAGCCUCAGAUAUUCCAUACUGCUCUAAUGGCCUGAAAACAAGUUGGAGCCCACUUCUUAUUGACCAGGAAUAUAUCACAUCUACAGUGUAAAAUCAAGGAACACUAAACAUUAUUUUAAUUCUGUGCCAUUUUUCACCAUUUUUACCAUUUGACACAGUGUAAUGCAAUUUAUCUAGAAAGGCCUUGAAGUAUCACUCGAGAUACUUUGACGCUUGUGUCACGAGUUCUAAAUUGUGCACUGCUCAAUGCAAGAAAAUAACAUAUGGAAAUCAUUCAGUACAGUUCCAUCUUUGUACGUUUUUUCUUUUCUGCCUUUUUUUCCAUAGUUUUGAUCUCUCUCAAAAAAGCAGUUAAUUCUCAGCAGUUGCACCAAAAGGUACCACGUCUUAGUGCGAUUUAGCACAAAAUAACCCUUGCAUUUAAUAUAAUGUGUCAGUUGAAAGGACAUAGCUUCUGCUUUUGGUGUUCUAACUGUGAGAUCAAGUGGGUUCCCUAAGUUUCAAGCUGUAAAAACUGCCAUCCUGGAAAACCAAAAACCUUUCUGCACUGUUUUUAUCCCACGCCAUUAGAUUGCUAAGGGCACUUUAUGAGCUUUUAUUUGUCAGCCAGACUAUCUGUGGUUUUUGUCUAAGUUCCAUCAAGAGAUCUUGAAAAACCUGUGCUUUUUACUAUGCAGAUGUACUGUAUAUGGAAAAGAAUUUUAAGAAGGCAUUUAUUAUGUUUUAUGUGUGCUAGCCAUAUCAUAUGGUUAUAAUAACUCUUGAAUAAACAAAUGGAAAUAUCCCAA